AUGUCGACUAAAUCUUCAUCAAUUCCGCCAGUUCAUCUGCAGCCUCCAUCUGUUGACUAUAUUGAUAAUCGGCUACCAGAACACCAUGGCGUCUUUCAAAAUACAAACUCUCAUUACGACCACGCUGUAAAGAAAUAUGUGCAAAACGAAUCCGGAAGAGACGGGAAAAGCGUAGUCGGAAACAAGGACAAGGAUCAAACUCCGAACCAACUAAAUCCGACAUCUCAACUGGGAGACAUUGGAGACCCCGAAAAGUUUUGGGGUCUCAUUUUCCCCGAAGCAAUUGCAGCAUUUACUACCAAGUAUCCAAAAGAACCUGAUGGGCUCGAGAAGCUAGGAUAUCGCAUCCGAAACCAGACGACAUGGAAAAGCAUCAAUGCCCAGCUCCACAGAGCGCGUGAGGUUUAUGAUGGUACGCAAGUGAAUUUCCAGGGUCGUUGCAAGCGGGCGUUGCGCAAAUUGGGUGAUAGUGCUAUUGAACCGACAACGAAUAUGGUCAAUCUCGUUCCCAAUAUUGAAUAUGUCUCUCCUGUAUUGGGAGCAGUGCAGCUACUUCUCAACUACAUGAAGGCGUAUAAAGUGGCAUCCGAAGUGCGAGAAAGAGUCACGUCCAGCUUCGAUGAGGCUGAGAUCCAGGAACUCUUCAACGAUGCCGAGGUCUAUUUGAUCACGUUUCCAGACAGCAGCAAGGUGAAAGAUGCAACGAUCUCACUGGUGGUGACAGUGAUGAAGGCAAUCGAGGAUGCCAUUGUAUUCUUCCUGUCUAAGCAAAUAAAACGACUUCUCUCCGUUGUUUAUCGUGGGAAAAGGGGAUAUCAAGAAACUCUUCUCAGAAGCCUCGAGGCUAUCAAGAUAAACAGUGAAAAGCUCAUUCAGCAGGCACAAAGUGCGCACCUCCUGUACACACAGUUUAAUCUUGCAGCUAUUCGAACCGGCUGGUUCGACAGCUUUCCUAAUGCAGCUCAACAGAGGCCUGUAUCGCCACAACCGAGGAUGAUUAGCUCUUCAACUAUUCUGGACUUACUGAACACCCCACUCAACUUGGACGGUGUAGACCUCCUGGCCGUCAAGGAAUAUAGUUACCGACUACCAAGAAAAUACCACACCCGUGCCGUGCAAGUGACCCAAACACGAGAAUUCCGCCAGUUCAUCGUCGCUCCCACCUCAAGACGGCUAUUAAUCCACGGUCACUUUUCGCCACAGAGUCUUGAUACAUGGCGAAGUUCUCCUCUAUCUCUUUUCUGCCUCUUACUGGUGCGUAUGCUCCGUGAGAGAGAGCGAUACAUCACCCUAGUGUUCUUCUGUGGGUUCCACGUUGAGGAAGAAGACGGCAAUGUCGGCGGCGCAGCGAUAAUCAGGAGCUUUAUUGCUCAGCUGCUACAACAAAUACCGUUUGAGUUUAUGCCGCUGGAUAUGGCGAUAGACUUGGAUAGUAUUUCCAAGGAUGAUUGCAAGAUCUCGCAUUUAUGUGACCUCUUUGUCUAUCUGGUUCGACACUUGCUCCGCCAAGAUCGCACUCUUAUUUGCAUCAUUGACGGCAUCGGGGAUUAUGAAACUGAUGAGCUCGAAUCCGACAUGCUGGCUGUUGUGAAAAUGCUUCUUCAAUUCUGCAACACGGCCGAGCAUGGCAAUGGUGCAGGUCUGCCUCAUGGCGAUGUUAAAGUCCUGGCUACAGCUCCGUUCUCUACAGAGUCUGUUCAAGAACUGUUCAUCGGUGAAGGAAGCGAAGAUGAAGACGAUUUGCCGUUUCUGACAAUGGAAAGCUUUCCAGAGGUAAACGACACUGUUGGCAUAAGUAUGCCGUCGUUUUCUCUGCGCAGGGGGAAUACAGAUGAACUUGAUUGA